UAUAAACCAUAAAUAUUGUAUAUGUUGACAAGGACUUCUCCAUAGAUUUCUUUCCUCUAUGGGACCAGCUGCCUAGUGCCAAUCUGAUGUAAAUAGUCUGCCAAAUUUUAAUUGACAUAUCUGAAAUCACUGAUAGGAUUCUUUCAAAUUGAAAUUCAAAUAGUGGAUUUUUCAAUUUGUAAAAUGAAACUGGGAGCCUAGAGAGGAAAGUCGUCUUUAUUUUGUUACCUUUGUAAUUUAAUUGUGGUUUGAAAUACUUUGUUUAGUCUGAAUUUCCUUGGGAUUUUUAAGCAAAUGAGUUUUUUGCCAUAUAUACUCCUCAAAUUUUUAUGUGGUGUUUAAUGUAAAGUUUUCCUGAAGAAUAUUAUGUGUAAGAAAGUGAUUACCAGUGGCAGAAAGAAAAAUAAGUGUCUGUAAAAAUGAUUUUUUCAAAAGCAGUGUUUUCAGUAGUAUGCAUUCUUUUGUUAUUGUCAAUGUUUGUGGCUAGCAUUUUGAACACAAUAGCUACAGAUCACAAUUUUACUAAUGAGAACAAAGACGAAGGUGAAAAUUUUACAAAAUAUUUAGCAAAAAAAUAUGGUCCAAUAAGUGAUUCACCUAAUAAUCUUAUUUGGUUCCUACAGAUAUCUGACAUACAUAUUAGUAUAUUUCGGGACCCCGGUAGAAUAUCUCAAUUUCAGCAGUUUUGUGAUAGUACUGUUAAAAAAAUCAAACCAUUCCUAGUUUUGGCAACUGGUGACCUAACUGAUGCUAAAGCUAAAGAUAAUCUUGGAAGCUCACAAGUUAAGUCAGAAUGGGUGUAUUAUUAUAACAUUAUAAAGGAAUCAGGAGUAACAGAACAUACUACUUGGUUAGAUAUAAGAGGAAAUCAUGAUAACUUUAAUAUUAGGACAUUAAAUUCUCAAGAAAACUAUUUUCGAAAUUAUUCUGUACAAGGAAUAAAUAAUCCAAAAUCAUAUGUCCAUUAUAUGAAUGUUAAUGGAGUCAGUACAGCUUUUAUAGGAAUUGAUGCAUGUCCUGAGCCUGGUUUAAGACGGCCAUUUAACUUUAUUGGCAUACUAGAUGCUCAAGAACAACAAUAUAUACAAAAGUUAAAACAAGAUGCCGAAAAUAAGGCAGAUCAUAUAGUUUGGUUUGGGCACUAUCCUACUUCAUGUUUAUUAUCUCUAGAACAUGAUCAGCAAAGGAUAGAUGUAAGACAGUUGAUUGCCAGCGCAAGUGGUUCACAGGUUUAUGUUUGUGGUCAUUUACAUUCCAUGGGUGGAUUAGUACCUAAAAUGUAUACAAAGCACAAAAAAGGCUAUUUAGAGCUAGAGUUAGGGGAUUGGAAAGAUAACAGAAUGUAUCGUUUGGCGGCCAUAGAUCAUGGAAUGUUCUCUUUUGUUGACCAAAGACACAAUACAUGGCCAGUUAUUCUUGUGACAAAUCCUAAACAUGCGAAAUAUGCUAUACCUGGACGAGAACCAUUGAGUUUGAUACCUGACUCAACCCAUAUAAGGAUUUUAGCGUUUAGUGAUGUUCAAAUCGAGAGUGUAAAGAUAUCUUUUGAUAGAUUAAGUUGGUUAAAUUGUAAAUCUAAGGAAAGACCACUUUAUGUCUGUGAUUGGCUUCCCCAUUUGUUUGUAACAGGUAUUCAUAACUUGUAUGUAAGAGCUGUUGAUGAACUAGGAAAAGAGACAAAUGUAACUCAUCCGUUUACUCUAGAUGGGACAUCAGUGAAUUUUGAAGUAAUACCCAGAAUUUUGCUAAUGCUUGACGCAGGAUCUGUGUUUCAGGCGGUAUUUGGAACACUAUUGGUAAUAAAUGUCACACCGCUAAGCAUUUUGAGAUCACAAAAGAGCCCGCCAAAAUACAGACGAAGAUGUGGCCGUCAGAUUUUACGGAAAGUCUGGCUUUUGAGCAAAGUCGAUCGGAUAUUUUAUCCGAUUAUACUAUAUGCAUUGUAUUUACCACUUGGCCCAUGGGCGAUAGGGGAACUUAUUGAUGGGUACAUUGGCACCAUUUUUGCAUGGGGUAUUGUUAUAAAGGGCACAUUUCUGCCUGAACCAUUUACGUAUAUGUACGGAAGUGUGCAGUUAAUGUUUGUGCAAAUCCCAUUGAUAUUUGUAUUGGCAUAUUGUUUAGACUUACGUUUGACGAAUCACAAUGCCCAAGGAAUAAAGCGAGUCAUCCGGAAUUUGCCCUUUAUAUUUCUACUGACAAUACAACUACUGCUUGCGUACUUCUUUUGGUUGGAAUAUGGAACUCUAUCAUUUCUUACUAGUCCUCUGAGGACUUGGAGUGUUGGUUUAAGUACAUUAUUGUGGUACAAGACCUUAACAUUGCCACCUGAUUAUUGCAGACGCCUCCAAAAGCUGAACGAAACUCCGCCGUAGACACCGAAGGCUGUACAUAUUAUCAAGGCUGUGUAAAAUAGUCAUGUAUUUUUAUUUACACCAAAGAUAUUAUUUUUAUGCACUUGAAACAUUGUCCUAUUAUGUUUAUGUCUAAUAUACCAAAACUAAUAUUUAUGGAAACUUACAGUAUUUCUAAUAUAGUCACCAUACAUUAGGAAUGUAUGAAUAUAAUGGUAUUUUUGUCAUAGAUUUUAAUCAUACAUGCACAAACCGUCCGCGUUUCAUAUGUGUGUGUACGAUUAACCGCCUCGCCUUAUAUUUCGCUGUUGCACAUAAUUACAAUUACUGUUCGUUGUCUCUUACAAAUAUUAUUAUUUGACUAUAGAAUUAUUUGACAAAAGCUAAAAAAAGUAAUUUACUAUGAUUUAAUUAUCUGCCCAUUACAAUAAUUGUUAUAACAGUUAUCAGUGCAAUACGUAAUUGUGCUAAUACAUAAUGAGCAUAAUAUAACUUAUAU